AUGUCCAAGUCAAUCUCUCAUCGAGUUGCAGUCAUGGAGGUGGACGGUGUCUUCGACCAGAAGUCACCUCUUCCGCUUUCUACAAGGAUCCAUCUGCGUAUCUUCGACUGGUAUCCGGAGCAUUAUAGCAAAACGGAGAAGACUCUCGUACGAAAGCUCGACCUCGCCAUUCUCGCCUUCUGCUGUAUACAAUUCUUCCUCAAAUAUCUGGACUCUACGAAUAUUGACAUUAUAGUCACGAACGCGUACAACUCCGGCAUGUCCAAUGAUCUCAAGUUGUUCGGAAACGAGCUCAACUAUUUCAAUGUCACCUACAACUGUGGCUACAUGCUAGCGCAGAUCCCAUUGAUGCUGGCGCUAACUGCUCUAACCUUCACUCAGUCCCGCGCCCAGAAUGCAGGCCAGCUCUAUGCGAUUCGGUUCAUUCUAGGCAUGUGCGAAGUACCUUCGUUCUCUGGAACAAAUUAUAUUCUUGGCUCAUGGUACACCUCCGAGGAGAUCUAUAAGCGUGCUGGGACCUGGUACAUCUCUUCUGGACUGGGUUCCAUGUUAUCCGGAUAUCUCCAGACCGCUGCCUACAAUGGCCUCAACGGUGUUGGCGGGUUGGCCGGGUGGCGAUGGCUCUUCAUCGUCGAUGGCAUCAUUACCCUGCCACUCGCCCUCGUAGGAUUUUUCACCUUCCCUGGUCUUCUAAGUUUCAAGAUACCAUGGUUUCUUUCGCAGGAGGAACAUCAACUGGCCACCGACCGAAUGUCUCGCCAAGCAUCAAAGGCACCCUCGAAGCUCACCCGCGCCACAGCCGGCCGUAUCCUAAAGAAGUGGCACUUCUAUGUUGCGACACUUAUGAACAUGGUGUAUAACCUCACGUCCUACCCGACUAACUAUAUGUCGCUGUUCCUGAAGCGAGCCACGGAUUCUCAAGGGAACCUACUCUACAGUAUCCAGCAGGUCAACACCAUUCCCACUGCUGUUUCCGGUGUCGCGGCGUUGUCUUCUUGGUUGACGGCAUCCCUUGUCAAUGUGUUGUCAAUUGUUCCGCUCUUCAUCGCCAUCAAUGCCGUGGGCUUGUUCAGCAAUAUCGUCCUACGCAUUUGGAAUGUUCCGAUUGCUCUCAAAUUUGUUGCAUUCAUCGGCCUCGGCGUCAACGGCUCGAACAAUGCGCUUAUGUUUGGCCUUGCCAACCAAAUGACUCGUCGAGAUAACGAGGAGCGUGCCGUCACUAUGGCCGCUAUGCUCAUGGGCGGCUGGGCGCUUCAAGCGUGGGUGCCUGUACUCGAGUGGCCAACAGUGGAUGCACCUCAAUGGAGGCUUCGGAUACACUUUGCAGAUCCCUAUGACGGUCCUCCUCACCGUAAUUUGUCUCAUGGCGGUAUAUCUCCACCGUCGUGA